AUGAGUGGAGACCGUCAACUCUUGAUCCUGCUUUCUGUCUCACCGCGCCUGAGUCGUCUGCGCAUGCCUCUCAUGCGUGCCUCUCAUGCGUGCCUCUCAUGCGUGCCUCUCAUGCAUGCCUCUCAUGCGUGCCUCUCUCUACCCCAGCAAGCGGCAUCAGUGGCCGUGGCACCUCACCUGCGCCUCUACCACCCGGCACUGCUGCGCCGCCUGCUGGAGGGCGGACACGAGGGGGGGGCAGCACAUGGUGGGGAGGCAGGUGGUGAACGGGUCACACACUCGAGUGGUGCAGCAGGGCCAGGGAAGGCAGCAGGGCCAGGGAAGGCAGCAGGGAUGGGCGGAGGACUAUCGAAGCGUGCUCCAGGGGGGGUGAGGUUCGCUGCCAGUCCUCGAGUGGCCUUACCCGCUGUGCGCACGGUGCCUCCUCUGCCGCCGCCGCUGCCAUACGCGCAGGCCAGCAGGGAGGCAUCGCUGCAGCUCUUCUUCCCGGCGCUGCGGCAGGGACAGCGGCAGCGGCAGCAGCGGUACGGCGGGCUGGAGGGGCUGGAGGGGCUGGAGGGGCUGGAGGGCUUCCCCAUGGGGCUGGGCGAGGGGGGUUACGUCGAUGACCACAGCAACGAGUGGGAGGCGGGCGGCGCGGGGCGGCUGUGGGCGGUGGCGGAGCGCGUGGGGCCGGUGGUGGUGUGCAGUGGGAAUGGCGGCGGGCGCGACUACGAGGUGCAGGACGCUCGCUCCAAGGCCGCUCUCGCAGCCCUGGCAGGGGUGGGCGGGGGUGCUGAGACGCAAGGCCAGGGGGGUGUGGGGAGAAGUGAAAGUGGGGAGAAUGUGGGUUUGCUAGUUGAGGGGCUGGUUUAUUUGUUAGGGGAUGCGAUGAUCCCUUUUCACAUGGCGUCCUCUCUCCAGAGGGAUCUGCUGUGA